UACGGUAUGCCGCAGAUAACUUCAGCAGUCGCGUCGUUCUUAACGCUGUCCUAUCAUCGUAAUAACAAGGGAGAAAAAAAUACGGAUGUGUGUUUAUUUUUGUCAUUUGAAGACGCGAUAUAUUUUUUUAACGGCUUUAGUAUUCUGUGCACUGGAGAACUACGGAGAGAGUGGUGCCCGUGAUCUGUAACAAUUCAUCUGAACGAGCAGAGUAAAAGAGAUGGAGGACUCAGAAUGCCUAGCUCUGAAAGAUCUCACCCCAAGGAAGAUAAAAAUGGACUUGGUGUCUGAGAGCAAGCAGGAGCAGAAGGAAAACAUAUGCACUGAACGCACAAUAUUGACCCCAUUGAAAGCAGAUGUGUCAGGAUUUUUGGCUAGGCCAAAGGCCUUCACCCCCGAAAGAGUACAUAUUACACCAGUGAAGCAAACCGACAGACCUCAGGGAGACCCCUGGACUCCAACAUCUAAUCUAAAGAUGCUCAUCAGUGCGGCAAGCCCAGACAUUAGGGACAGGGAAAUGAAGAAGAGCCUGUUUCGUCCCAUUGAAAACGAGAAGGAUGCCACCUUUGACAAUAGCCAGUUUGACAACAUAGAUGACUGCACAGCUGAUGAGUUUGAAAAGCAGCGGCCCAGCAGGAAACUAAAAAGCUUGGGUUUGUUAUGUCAGAAGUUUCUGGCUCUAUAUCCAGAUUACCCCAUCUCAACAGAGAAGACAACAAUCUCUUUAGAUGAAGUUGCAGCAAAUCUUGGAGUGGAACGCAGGCGAAUCUACGACAUUGUAAAUGUCCUGGAGUCCCUCUUGCUGGUAAGCCGUGUUGCCAAGAACCAGUAUUGCUGGCACGGACGGCACAAACUGAGCCAGACUUUGGAGACUCUUCAUAAUAUGGGCAAGAGGCAGAGGUAUGGGGAACAAAUGGCACAGAUACAGGAGAAGGAAUUAAAAUCAAGAGACCCGAGAAAAGAAGGCUGUCUUUCUGAACCUCAUGGGGAACUGACAGAUGAUAUGGAGCUAGACGCAGAAAUGACUACAGGUUCUGCUUGCAAGAGAAAAGACAAAUCCUUGAGAAUCAUGAGCCAAAAGUUUGUAAUGUUGUUCCUUGUGUCCAAGACCAAGAUUGUCACACUUGAUGUCGCAGCUAAAAUCCUCAUUGAAGAGAGCCAGGAUGCUUCUGACCAAAGCAAAUUCAAAACAAAAGUCCGAAGGCUGUAUGACAUAGCAAAUGUCUUGACUAGCCUGGGUCUCAUCAAGAAGAUCCAUGUGACUGAAGAAAGAGGCCGUAAACCUGCAUUUAAAUGGAUUGGCCCUGGAGAUUUCAGAAGCAGCAGUGAUAUUCCUAAGGCAGCUGCUAUUUUAGAUAAUGGGUCUGCAGUCUUUGAAGAACAUCUAGACACCAGACCCCAGCUAGCAUUGUGUGGUAAACAGAAAAUGGCACGCCAUAGCUCCUUCAAUGUGAUCCCAACAACCACAGUCAUCCAGCGGAGAGUCAGCUCUGCACCCAGCAGCCCUCGCCAAGCUAAAGCUUUAUCUCCAGAGAACGACAGCUGCCGGCAGAAAGUGCCAAAUGUAACAGCAGUGUGUAAAUUGAAGUUUGAGGGCAACAUGAUAAAUAAACAUGCAGCUAGACCACUGAAUCUCACACCAGCUAGAUGUGAGUUACCAGCUGUAAGCGCUUUAAACUAUUCUACGGCUGUACCGAGUUUUGGCCACCCCUUGCCUAAGACGGAUCUCCUCUACUCUGCACUGUAUCCAAAUGGGGUGAUGAGAUGUCCACCCACUGUUUCAAGUGGCUUGCUCACUCCGCCGACAGAUUCAGCUCCAUUCAGCACCCAGUCUUCUCUUGUGUACUUUCCCAGCCUGCCACCCUCUCCAAUUUUCAUGGUGUAUGGCAAAGGUGCUCCACAAUCUGCUCACCCCGGAGUUGAGGGUCAGAGGUCUCCUACAUAUACUGAAGCAGAAACACAUUUGAAGAGUGGAGUUUUAAAGAGGAUCCUGAUAGAGGAACAGGAGCAAGAAAAGGAACAGACCUCAAAGAAACAAAAGAUUGAUAAGGCUCACCCUGGUGCUUCACAAGAUAGGUGCUUAAAUGAAAGAAGUGGCAAUAUUCUAACCCAACACAUCCCAAAUACAUCACCUGAGAUGACCACAACAGCAGAAUCCCAAAUGUGUGCCUCUUCCCCAGCUAGAGUUCAGUCCUCUCCACACAAAGCACAUAACGGCAAGACAUUAAAGUGUACAGAAGGAGAGGUGGAGGAAAAGGAUGGAGACCAGCUCAGCCCUAGUCGUCGCCUUCCUACUUCUCACUAUCUAUGCAUGCCAUCUGCAGCAGGUCUGAAUGGGCUCAACUUCUUAGUUCCUGCUAGUCACGCUGGCAGCAGCCUUGCCCUCUCUCCAAGUCGUUUGGCCUCUGUAGCUGUUCCAUGUGUGGUUCUUCCCUCCACGGCACUCUCUUCCUUCCCUGUCAUUGGUGGCACCCUUCCUGGAAAUGAUACCGGCUCAGUUAAACUGAAGAUUUCCUCAGCGCACUUUCUGUUUGGAGCUCAGCCGGUUGUAAGCUCGAGGUCUCCAGACCGGCCUGUCUGUCAAGACAUUCCUGCAGCUUAUACUGGGAAUCUUCAACCAGAACCGGACAGCUCCUGUGGUGCUGACAAUCCAAAGUCUCCAGAGAGUAUGGGCCGGUCAUUUGUUUUCCCUCGAAUGUAUCAUGAGCCUCCUCUCACACCUAAAGAAGUCUCAUCCUCUUCAGAGACCUUCUUCCAAACACCGAGCACAACCAUUAAUAGUGCCUCCCGGAAACGCUUCACCAGAGCACCAAACAGGACAGGCAGCUGUGCACAGAGAAGACUUGAAAUUGGGAGCCAUGCAGCUAACUGAGCCACCUUAAUGAUUUUUAACUCUCUUGAAUUGGGUUUCAUUGUCAUUUUAAGGGUAUUACUGUAUACCCUUUGGCUCGGCUGACUUUUUCUCUGUCUAAGGAAUCGCUUAUUGCCGCUUCAGUGAAUGGCUGUGCUAAGCAUUUACUUGGCAAACUGAGCCUUGUUUUUAUUUCUUUCAUUUCCAAAUGUUUAUUCCAUCUGCCAGCCUCAUGAUUGCUGCAGAGUUCUUUGAAAAAGAUUUGAUCUGCAGUGACAUGGGUAGCUGCUGAUCAGGAACUAGCAUCAAAAGCAUUAUGUUAAUAUGGGCUUCUUUAUGCAAUUGCAUAUUGGACAAAUGCUUCUCCAUUUAGCCCAAGCAUUGACUUAAAAAAAAAAAAAAAAAAGUUUACAUUUUUAUUUUUUUUUUAUUUUUUACUGGAGGAUUGACAGCAAAUUAUUAUUUUGCAAACCUUUCCUAUUUUGUGUCCUAUAUGCUGACUUUUAUUUGACUGGACCAAAAUCUAAAUGAAAUUACUACAGCGGAAAGAAGGAGGAAAAAAAUGUGAUAAUGUGUGUUGGACUGUGAUAGCUGAGAAACUAAGUAAUGAUGCGGUCCCACCACCAAAGCCUAGUGGCCAUGAUAUUUUAUUUAUUGAGUAUUGUAUUGUGAGAGGAAAAACCACAGUACUGGUGGGUGAAGUUGUAGGAGAUGCCAAGAGAAAGCACUUGGGCUUCAGCAGUCACCAGCAUGGCUGGUCUGUGAUAUCCCGUGACAAACAGAUGCAAUAAGAAUCAGAGUUUUGCAUAAAGCUAAAAUGUUUGCAUUUUACUCAAGCCAAAUAUGAGGACAGAUGCCAGAUAACAAGCAAAUGGCAAGUUUCAUCGGCAGAGAGUUACCAUGUUGGCUUCACUUUCAGAAUACACUGCUAGCAUCAGAUUUGUGGGUGGGUUUUUAAUGACCUCAAAGAGGCAACCCCUCACAGAAUGGUAGACUAGCAUAUUCAUCAAACAGGUCUAAGAAUAUAUAGAAUUAUUUCAAAGUGAUAGAUCAAGGCUAUCCUACAACUUUAAAAAAUGGUAAAUCAUAUUGGUCAAUGAAAACAUUAUUUGACAGCACUAAGUGGCAUAAUGUGCCAAGUGUUUAUAGAAGCACAAAGGUUGAAAAGCAAUAGUCAUUUUUUUUUUCAAUUUGUAAUUUUUAUUGAUCUAAAAAAAAAAAAAAGUUGCCUUUUACUUUUUAAUUUACCCUUGAGCAUCAGUCCGCUCAGGGUUGGCAAAUUUUCCUAGCGUAAAGGAGAUAUGACACUAAGGUUUUCCAAAGCACCAUGACUGUUAUAUAUAUCAUUUAUAGAGGUCAAGGUAGGGAAAAGUAAGAAGACUAAAAACUUUGCGUCUAUCAUGGACCCUGGGGUCCUUGCAGUCUUAACCUCCGAUCCCGCAGUUUGGGCACAGGCAGAUUGGUUAUGCUUGUUAUGUGUCAUAAAGUGCAGUGAACUUUUUAAUUGGCACUACUCCUAAUAUUAAAAGGCCCUAGGAAGGUGCAUUUUGCUUUUGUUUUUUAGUUCAGUAGGUGAAUGUUAAACCAAAAUCCAUGAAAAGGGUAAUUACUUUGCUAUCCGAAUAAAUCUAGACCACAAAGUAAUGACAAAGGUACUUUAGCAAAGGAUCUGGAGAAAGGUUUUAGUAAUAUUUAGUACAUUGCUUGUAUUAUUUAUUUAUUUUAGUGCUGAAAAAAAAAUAGAUUAAGUACUUGAAAGUAUCUUGUUUACACAUCUAGUGAUGCUUAAGGUAUGGUUCUAGUGUCACUGUUUUGUACUGUACUUUUAUAAAAGAAGAACAAAAAAUGCAGAAGUCCUCUGGGGCAGAAUUUUAAAAUUAAAUAUUUGUUUGGGGGCGGGGGGGUGGUGCAAAACUGAGGCUAAGAAUAAAAUUUAACGGUACGUCAUCCAA